AUGGAGGACUUUGGGUUGCAGGAGCAACACCUCUCUGAUGCACAGGCCUUUGAUACCCUGGAAGCAGUACGCGUCUUCACAACUCCGAGACAAAUUGUAGGCGCUACUGAACCGGAGCAAGGACUAACCUCGCCUCAUAACGAGGCCGUGACCUCAUAUUUGCUCGGAGCUAUGUCUGCAAGUCCAGAUUUACAUGAUGCUGAUAAUGACGACAUUUUGUCUGCCUGUAAAACAUAUUACGAGACCGUGCGCAGGAGCUUCAGGUACAAACAACCAGAUCUUGCAUCGCAGGCGGAAGCUGUGAAGAGUUCAGCUCGGAGUCGAGCGAGAAGAAAGAGGCUGCUAGAAGCGAGACAGAGUGUGCUGGCUGAGGAUGAGGUGGGCCUUUGGAAGUGCGCUACAAUAGACGUAAUGUCGGAUGAGGAAGACGGCAUCGUUGGCGGGGUGUCUGGAUGGAUUGUGCGACCUCCGUCUUUUCGCAGCCAGGAGCUCACAGAACUCUGUGCCACACUGCAGUCUAGAUUAGAGGCGAUGCCAAAAUACAGGGCAACGCACCACAGACGUCUGCAAAAUGGACCAAAUUCGGACCGAAUUACCUACAGCUCCGAAGCUGAAAACAGACACUUCAUGAAAACCACACUAAUACAAUCAGAAUUCACAAGAAAGAAGAAUAAAGAAUAG